AGUUGAAGCCAACCAGACCCAGCACAAACCAUGAGGCCCAAAGCCGGAGCUCCCAUGCCGUUAUCCCACUCCCCAGCUGCUACCUGUCAGCUGCUCGCUCCCUCCCGCCGCACGCGCCUUCUCACGCCAUGCCCGCGCGCCGGAGCAACGCCGGCGGCCGAGGCCGCGCUCCUCCCGGCCGGCGUCCUGCGCGCGGAGUCGCUGCCGCGGCACGUGGCGGUGGUGAUGGACGGGAACGCGCGGUGGGCGCGCGCGCGCGGGCUGCCGUCCGCGGCCGGGCACGAGGCCGGGCGGCGCGCGCUGGAGGAGACGGUGCGGCUCUCCCGCGCCUGGGGCGUCCGCGCGCUCACCGCCUUCGCCUUCUCCCACGAGAACUGGAGCCGGCCCAAGGUGGAAGUGGAAUUCUUGAUGGGGCUGUUUGAGCGGGUGAUCCGCGAAAGCGUCUCCGAGUUCUUGAGGGAAGGAAUUCGGCUACGUGUAAUCGGCGACUCCUCAAGACUACCGGUUUCUCUACAGAAGACCGCGAGAGAAGCAGAGGCGGCGACAAGGAACAACUCACAGCUCGACCUGACACUGGCAAUCAGCUACAGCGGGCGGAGGGACAUAGUGCAAGCAUGCCGGAGCCUCGCGCAGAAGGUGCACGACAGGCAGCUCAGGCCGGAGGACAUCGACGAGUCGCUGUUCGCCGCCGAGCUCGAGACGAGCCCCGCCGACGAGCACGAGCUCCUCCCUUACCCGGACCUGCUCAUCCGGACUAGCGGCGAGCUGCGGCUGAGCAACUUCCUGCUGUGGCAGUCGGCCUACUCGGAGCUCUUCUUCACGGACACGCUGUGGCCCGACUUCGGGGAGGCCGACUACCUCGAGGCCCUGGUCUCCUUCCAGAGCAGGGAGAGGCGGUUCGGUGUCAGGAGAUUGUAGCGCAGAGCAAGACAUGAAGAAGGCGUGCUUGAACGGUCAUUAGCAGGAUGUCGAUCAAGAUGCGUAGGCGACUAUAUUGUAGAGGGGGAAACUAAGGAUUGGAAAUGUCCAUUUUAGAGGUGGUCUGCAGAAGGUGAACACUCGAUAUAAAUCAUAGAAAUAGUAGUAGAGAAUAGAGAUCAAACUGUAUCUUGAAUCUUGAUUGAGCAGGUAUAACGCAAUCAGACAGCCGCUGGAAGAGUAGCAUCUUUAGCAUCUAUCA